AUGGCUGUGUUUUCCACGGCCAAUGCAAUACCACAUCAACUUCAAAAGAGAACUAUCGACGAAGAUAAAUGUGAAUAUGCACUACCCGGACUCAUCUAUUCAAAUAAUCCUGAUCCUGUCGUCCCCGGAAGUCUCGUUACAUUUACUCUUAAUACAACUAUACCAGAUCAUGUAAUCACACAAUCAACCACACUUCAUGUUUAUUAUGUUAAUACUGAUACUGCAAAACCCGUAAGCGAUGGCUAUUUAGGACCGGUUUGCACUGGAACUGGAUGUCCAAUUAAUGCUAAUACUCCAUUUACUGCAAUUGCUAAGUUUCUGCAUAAAACAAGUUCUAUUAUUAAUAUUUCUGACAAUAAUUCAGAAUCAAUAGCUUAUAAUGUACCUGAUGAUUUUAGAAAUUUAGAAUUACUGAAAGAUAACUUCAAAAGCACAAGUAUAUCUACAAAUAAAUCAGAUAAAGUUAUAGUUAAAAAAUAUGUCUUAUCUAUGAAUUCUGCCAAAAAUAAAUGUCAUUAUCAUCAAAGUGGUAUCACUAGUCUACUUCAAUUAUUAGAUAGCAAAGAUAAUGAAGGCAAUAUUUAUGAUAAUUCUGAAAGCUCAAAAAAGGAUGAAAAUAAGGAUAACAAAAAUAGAGAAAUUAAAGUCUCAACAUCAC